AUGGAUGCUUCUUUCUCAAUAGAGACUCUGGUUUUGAAUGCUCAACGUGAGGGGAUGCUUAUGGACGGCGGCGUUUUGGUCUUAGAUUCAUUCAACCACACCAUACAAAGAAGCAAUAGACGAUCUCGUGCGGAAUUGGGUUACAACCAAAACAUUCAAAGAAGCAAUAGACGAUCUCGUCGUGACUUGGGUUACAACCAAAACAUGCAAAGAAGCAAUAUCCGAUCUCGUGCUGAGUUGUUUUACAACCAAAACAUGCAAAGAAGCAAUAGACGAUCUCGUCGUGAGUUGGGUUACAACCACAACAUGCAAAGAAACAAUAUCCGAUCUCGUGCUGAGUUGUUUUACAACCAAAACAUGCAAAGCAGCAAUAGACGAUCUCGUGGUGAGUUAGGUUACAACCACACUAUGCAAAGAAGCAAUAUCCGAUCUCGUGCUGAAUUGGGUUACAACCAAAACAUGCAAAACAGCAAUAUCCGAUCUCGUCUGGAAUUGGGUUACAACCUCAGCAUGCUAAACAACGGUAGAUAUUCUGUUUACCACUUGGAUUCGCUGGACUUGGUUUACAACCACAACAUGCAGAACAAUGUAAUAACAGAUCAAAGGGGUUAUGUCUUUGGUGGUUCUGUAGACUUGGAUGGUGGAGUUUCAAGGGUGGAUCAGUCCACAACACAAGAAUCUUUUCAAAAUCUUGAAGAAGUCACGAUUGAAGCAGAGUCCUCUUCCAUCACAGAAGAUUGUUCUAUUUGUCUCGGGGAGAUUGGGUCAAGAGCAAUUGGCUUGCCUUGCUCACACUUGUUUCAUCGGGAUUGCAUCACUAAGUGGCUCACGAUUCGCAAUACAUGUCCUUUAUGUAGAUGUAGUGUCUUGUCUAUGAAUUAA